CCCUCCCUGCGCACCCGGCUCGGGUCCCCGGGCUCGCGGCUGCGGCUUCUGCUCGGGGAGGCGGAAGGCGGCGGCGGGAGCGGUCAUGGAGGCGGGCGCCGGAGCCGGCGCGGGAGCCGCGGGCUGGAGCUGCCCGGGCCCAGGACCCACAGUGACCACUCUAGGCUCCUAUGAGGCUUCCGAGGGCUGUGAGAGGAAGAAGGGCCAACGCUGGGGGUCCCUGGAACGACGGGGGAUGCAAGCUAUGGAGGGAGAGGUGUUACUCCCAGCUCUCUAUGAGGAGGAAGAGGAAGAGGAAGAGGAGGAAGAAGAGGUGGAAGAAGAAGAAGAACAAGUGCAGAAAGGUGGCAGUGUUGGCUCUCUGUCAGUCAACAAGCACCGGGGACUGAGCCUCACGGAGACAGAGCUGGAGGAGCUGCGGGCUCAGGUGCUGCAGCUGGUGGCAGAACUGGAGGAGACCCGGGAACUGGCAGGGCAGCAUGAAGACGACUCCUUGGAGCUACAGGGGCUCCUGGAGGAUGAACGGCUAGCCAGCGCCCAGCAGGCAGAGGUGUUCACCAAGCAGAUCCAGCAGCUCCAAGGUGAGCUGCGUUCUCUACGGGAGGAGAUUUCCCUGUUAGAGCAUGAGAAAGAAAGCGAACUUAAGGAAAUAGAACGGGAAUUGCAUUUGGCCCAGGCUGAGAUCCAGAGUCUGCGGCAAGCAGCAGAGGAUUCUGCAACUGAACAUGAGAGUGACAUAGCAUCCCUGCAGGAGGAUCUCUGCCGGAUGCAGAAUGAACUUGAAGACAUGGAACGCAUUCGGGGAGAUUAUGAGAUGGAGAUUGCCUCCCUCCGUGCAGAAAUGGAGAUGAAGAGCUCUGAACCAUCCGGUAGUUUAGGUCUCUCAGAUUACUCUGGGUUACAAGAAGAACUGCAGGAGCUGCGGGAACGCUACCAUUUCCUGAAUGAGGAAUACCGGGCCCUGCAGGAGAGCAACAGCAGCCUCACGGGGCAGCUUGCAGAUCUGGAGAGUGAGAGGACACAGAGAGCAACAGAGAGAUGGCUGCAGUCCCAAACACUGAGUAUGACGUCAGCAGAGUCUCAGACUUCAGAAAUGGAUUUCUUAGAGCCUGAUCCUGAAAUGCAGUUGUUACGGCAGCAGCUACGGGAUGCUGAAGAGCAGAUGCAUGGCAUGAAGAACAAGUGUCAGGAAUUGUGUUGUGAGUUGGAAGAGCUACAGCAUCAUCGCCAGGUCAGUGAGGAGGAGCACAGCCGGCUGCAGAGGGAGCUCAAGUGUGCUCAGAAUGAGGUGCUUCGGUUUCAGACCUCCCACAGUGUCACCCAGAAUGAGGAGCUGAAGUCCAGACUCUGUACCCUGCAGAAAAAAUAUGAUACUAGCCAGGAUGAGCAGAACGAGCUCUUGAAGAUGCAGCUGCAACUUCAGACUGAGCUCCGGCAGCUCAAAGUCAUGAAAUCCACACUUGUAGAAAACCAGAGUGAUAAGGAGUUACUGUGCCGGCUGCAGAAGCUGCAGCUCCAGCACCAGAACGUCACAUGUGAGAAGGAAAAGCUGCUGGAACGGCAGCAGCAGCUGCGGGAGGAGCUGCAGUGCCAUGAGGCAGAGCUGCAGCACCUCAGGGAUACGGUGGCCUCCUUGAAAGAGAGCAAUGAGAAGGACACAGAGACGCACGCUCAGCUUCAGGAGAUGAAGCAGCUGUACCAGGCCAGCAAGGACGAGCUGGAGCGGCAGAAGCACAUGUAUGACCAGCUGGAGCAGGACCUCCUGCUCUGCCAGCUGGAGCUGAAAGAGCUCAAGGCCUCCCAGCCCAUUCCGGAGGACAAAGGAAAGUGUGCUAAUAAGUGUGACACACUGCUGUCCAGACUGACAGAAUUGCAGGAAAAGUACAAGGCCAGCCAGAAGGAGAUGGGGCAGCUGCAGAUGGAGCAGUGUGAGCUCCUGGAGGAUCAGAGGAGGAUGCAGGAGGAGCAGGGCCAGCUGCAGGAAGAGCUGCACAGGCUCACACUGCCACUGCCAAAGAGUGGCCUCUUACUCAAGAGUCAGGAGCUACUCACCAAGUUAGAAGACCUGUGUGAGCUGCAGCUGCUCUACCAAGGCAUGCAGGAGGAACAGAAGAAGCUGAUACAGAACCAAGACUGUGUAUUAAAGGAACAAUUAGAGAUCCACGAAGAGCUGCGACGUUUCAAAGAGUCUCAUUUCCAGGAAGUGUUGGAGAAUCCCGAUGAUUCCAAAUUGGCUAAGUCCUCAAAAUGUAAUCGAAACAAGCAAUCCAAGCUGCUCAUGGAGCAGAUGCAGGCCCUGCAGGUGAUGUAUGACGCCGGUCAGGCGGAGCAGGAGCUCUUGCAGCAAGAGCAAGGGAGGCUCCUAGAGGAGCGGAAGAGGCUGCAGGCAGACUUGCAGCUCUGCCUGGAAGAAAUGCAGCUGCUUCAAGUCCAGUCCCCUUCUAUAAAAAUGAGCCUUGAGUCCUACGGGAAGAGCUAUGGUAGCAUGGUCCCCAGCAAUGAGAACUGUCGCAAGACUUAUGAUACCACUGUGGAUGACAAUGAGAGCUAUUACAAGAGUUACACCAGCACCCAGACCAGCAGCGAGAGCUUUCUCAAGAGCUAUGACAGCAGCACUAGUGCCAGUGAGGCCUAUGGGAAGAGUUACUGCACCACCAGCAACAGCAGCAUUACCUAUAAGAAGAGUUACGGCAGCACCAGGAGCUCUGACACCUGCCAGAAGAGUUUUGUCAGCAGCUGCACUGACGAGGAACCUGCUGAGCCUGAAGACAUGGAGUGCUUUGAGGAAAUGGUUGUGAAAGUGCUGAUCAAGCUGCAGGCGGUGCAGGCCAUGUACCAGAUAAGCCAGGAGGAACACAGCCAGCUGCAAGAGCAGAUGGAAAAGUUACUGGCCAAGCAGAAAGACCUGAAGGAAGAGCUGGAUGCCUGUGAAAGGGAGUUCAAGGAGUGCAUGGAAUGCCUUGAAAAGCCCGUGGCCCCCCAGAACGACAAGAAUGAGAUCAAAGAACUGCAGACCAAGCUGCGGGAGCUGCAGCUGCAAUACCAGGCUAGCAUGGAUGAGCAGGGGCGGCUUCUGGUAGUGCAGGAGCAGCUGGAGGGGCAGCUGCAGUGCUGCCAGGAGGAGCUCCGCCAGCUCAGGGAGAAGAGGUCCUCUGUUGUCAAAGAAGCCCGGGGGAAGAAUGCUAAUAAGAACAUGAACAAGAAUGCCAAUGGGGUUAAAAUGAAAAAGGUGACCAAGCCAUGCUCGGAUACUUCUGAGAGCGACCUUGAGACCAGAAAGAGUCUGGAGGUAGUGCUGUACUACAAGGCCAGCCAGAGGAAAUUAGAUGGACUAGCAAAAGAGGAGGAAAAAAAGGAGGAAGUGAAAGAGGAAGCAAAGGAGCAGUAUGGGGAUGAGCUAGUUGCUGAGCCAGCAGAUCCUGGGGAAGCUAAAUCCACAGAAGAUCAGGAGGAAAAUGAGGACAAAGAGGAAGAGGAGAAGGAAGAAGACAGUGAAGAGGAGGAAGAUGACGUCGACUCUUCCCUUGAAAGUCCCGAAGAAAAUAACCCCCUCAGACUUUCCGAGAGCAAAAAGAAGUCUUAAGGCACUACGGAUGAAACCCAAAGAGUUCAGCCACAGCCUUCCACCACCUCAGACCCAGCCCGGCCCAAUCAGAGGGAGAGGAAGAACUGCUGGUGAAGGGUUCUCCUGGUGGGGCCUGUUAUUCCCAGAGCUCUGGGAGGCCCCGACAUGCACCUGUGCAGCCAGGACCUGAGGGAGCACAGUGUGGUAGAAAGCAUGGCUGCCAGGCGGUCAGAAGAACUUGGUUGAGUCUGUCUCUACUGACAGGCGUUGUCCCAGGGAGCAAAAUGCACACUCUGAGCUCCAGUUUCUUCAAAUGUAAGCAAAGGAUGAUCAAACCUCUGCCCUCCUCACAGGUUUUUGUCAGGACCAGAUGGGUUGAAGUAGAUGAAAGUAUUCUAUAAAUUAUAAAAUACCCCAUCAUUAAUAAAAAGAGCACGCACUUACAAAAUGCAGUCUUAUGUGUCAGGCACUGUUCUAAUCACUUACGUAUAUUAACUGAUUUAAUCCUUGCAACAACCCCAUGAAGAAGCUACUCCUAUUUUUUUUAUAUAUAUGAUUAAACUAAGGCAUAGAGAAGUUAAGUAAAACAGCCAGGAAGCUGUGAGUCAGAUUAUAAGGACUCAAUAUUAGCAACAAAUAAGAUUCCAGUCUUGCUUCCCUUUAUUGUCUCUCCUCAUUUUGAGCAGUUUCUCUUCAUUGGUCCCAAGUAGGAAGACACCAUACUUGUGUUUAGGCAACCUCAGAUCACAUUAGCUCUUUAGGUAACUAAUAUAUUAUUUAUUUAUUUCAUGUAUUUUUUAUAAGCCCCUCUGCAGAUUGUGUAUGCUAAGCGUCCUCUCCCCAUUCUGUACCUGCAUUUGAUUUUGAGGCUUCAAAGGCAGAAUUUUCCAUUCUUCCCUAUUAUAGUUCAUUGUUCUUACCUUAUAAGGUUUUGUGUGUAUGUGUUUUUAAUCUUGACCCUGUGGUUUUAAAAUAUUUACUUCCUGUGCCACCUUCACAUCAUCUACAGGGGUGGCAAGCCCUCCUUCCCUGUCUUCAUCUACAGAGGACAGAGUGAGGACAGAGCCUCUAGAGUAUCGUCUCUUGGGGUUCUUUUAUUCAGCUCAUUGGUCACUUACCUGCCAUUCAACAAACUGUACUGUCAUCCUACCCUUAUUUCUGCAUAUUAUCUGCAAAGAUCAUAGAAAAUUCUGUCAAACAACUCAAUGUCCAAAAACAUGAUUCCGGUGAUUUGUCACUUAGGUCACCUAGUUUAAAAGGAGAGUUUGACACGACUUCCCCUUUGGGACACCCACAUCAGCCCUUUCCCCAUCCCAUGUAGAAGCUUGCCUUUGCCCAGUGUGAGGUGCACUGGUCACAUUUAAGGAUUUCAGCUCCUCCCUCCUUUAAGAACACCAGACUAACAUUCUUAGCAAUGCACAUUAGGAUAGAAGCAUCUGAGCAUAUGAAUAUUUUUUUCUAGCUAGCUCCCUUCUUAGUUUUUGUUUUUGGUUUUAGAGACAGGGUCUUGCUCUGUCACUGAGGCUAGAGUGCAGCGGCAUGAUCAUGGCUCACUGUAACUUUGAACUCCUGGUCUCAAGCGAUCCUCCUCCCUCAGCCUCCGGAUCUCUUGGUUUUCUUACAUGAGUUACUCUGUAUAUCCACCUGUAACAUUGCUUGGCUUUCCAUUUCAUACCUUCUGUUGUUCUUAGUAGCUAUUUCUACAAGCUCAGGAGAUUUUCUUUGCUCUUUAGCAGGCUUAAAGUCCUCUUUUUAGUUCAAUUAUCAUCUGAGAAAAUGUGUUCUUAGCAUUAAUGGGCUAUAUUCCAUUUUUACUUGAAACCAUCCUUCUGUUACCUAUGCCAUAGCUUAUGACUCAAAAUCCAAAUUCUGCCUUUCAGUUAGUAGAGUAAAAAAGUAAUAAAAAUAAAACCUAUUUCCCCAAGUA